AUGGCUCCGAUCGCUACCAGCCGGGAAGAAUUUGAUGAAAUCCCCACAGUGGUGGGGAUCUUCAGUGCAUUUGGCCUGGUCUUCACAGUCUCUCUGUUUGCAUGGAUCUGCUGUCAGAGAAAAUCAUCCAAAUCUAACAAGACUCCUCCAUAUAAGUUUGUGCAUGUGCUAAAGGGAGUUGAUAUUUAUCCUGAAAACCUAAACAGCAAAAAGAAGUUUGGAGCAGAUGAGAAAAAUGAAGUAAAGAAUAAACCAGCUGGGCCAAAGAAUUCUUUGCGUCUUGAUCUUGAGAAGAGAGAUCUAAAUGGCAAUUUUCCCAAAACAAACCUCAAAGCUGGCAGUCCUGACCUGGAGAAUGUGACCCCAAAGCUUUUCUCAGAAGGAGAAAAAGAGGCAGUUUCCCCUGAUAGCUUAAAGUCCAGCACUUCUCUUACUUCAGAUGAGAAACAAGAGAAGCUGGGAACCCUCUUCUUCUCCUUAGAGUAUAACUUUGAGAAGAAAACAUUUGUGGUAAAUAUUAAAGAAGCCCGUGGCUUGCCAGCCAUGGAUGAGCAGUCGAUGACCUCUGAUCCAUACAUCAAAAUGAUGAUUCUCCCAGAGAAGAAGCAUAAAGUGAAAACCAGAGUUCUGAGAAAGACCUUGGACCCAGCUUUUGAUGAGACCUUUACAUUCUAUGGAAUACCCUACACUCAGAUCCAAGAGUUGGCCUUGCACUUCACAAUCUUGAGUUUUGAUAGGUUUUCAAGAGAUGAUAUAAUUGGAGAAGUCCUUAUUCCUCUCACAGGAAUUGAAUUAACUGAUGGAAAAAAGUUAAUGAACAGAGAGAUUAUCAAGAGAAAUGUUAGGAAGUCUUCAGGACGUGGUGAGUUACUGAUCUCUCUCUGCUAUCAGUCCAUCACAAACACUCUCACUGUGGUUGUUUUAAAAGCUCGGCACCUGCCUAAAUCUGAUGUGUCUGGACUUUCAGAUCCCUAUGUCAAAGUGAACCUGUACCAUGCCAAAAAGAGAAUCUCCAAAAAGAAGACUCAUGUGAAGAAAUGCACCCCCAAUGCAGUGUUCAAUGAACUGUUUGUCUUUGACAUUCCCUGUGAGGGUCUUGAAGAGAUAAGUGUUGAAUUUCUGGUUUUGGAUUCUGAAAGGGAAUCCCAAAAUGAGGUAAUUGGGCGGUUGGUCCUGGGAGCAGCAGCAGAAGGAGCCAGUGGAGAGCACUGGAAGGAGAUUUGUGACUAUCCCAGGAGACAAAUUGCCAAGUGGCAUGUGCUCUGUGAUGGUUAG